GACUUGACCCGGAAGCAGGAGCAGUUUUUUUCAAAGUUGUCAAGAAUGGCAAGCAGACGCGCUCUGAAGGCCGUCCUCAUUGACCUGAGUGGAACUCUGCACAUAGAGGACACAGCAGUGCCCGGGGCACAGGAUGCCCUCUCCAGGUUACGGCAGGUGUCUGUUGCCGUCAAGUUUGUAACCAACACAACCAAAGAGAGUAAGAAGAACUUGCUGGAAAGGCUGCAACGGCUCAAUUUUGACCUCCAGGAAAAAGAGAUUUUCACAUCACUGAGCGCCGCGAGGAGCCUCCUAGAGAAGACAAAAUACAGACCGUUGCUCCUAGUGGAGGACAGCGCUCUGGAAGAUUUCAUAGGUAUCAACACAUCCGAACCAAAUGCUGUUGUCAUCGGGCUCGCUCCUGAUCACUUUGACUACCAAACUAUGAACAAGGCUUUCAGACUGAUUCUGGAUGGUGCGCCUCUUUUCGCAAUCCAUAAGGCUCGCUACUAUAAAAGGAAAGAUGGUUUGGCCCUCGGCCCCGGGCCCUUCGUAACUGGACUGGAGUAUGCCACAGACUGUAAAGCUACUGUGGUGGGAAAGCCUGAAAAAACGUUUUUCACACAGGCUCUGGCUGAUUUGGGGUGUCGUCCAGAUGAAGCAGUCAUGAUAGGCGAUGAUGCCAGAGAUGAUGUAGGAGGAGCUCAGAGUGCAGGAAUGUUAGGGAUUCUGGUCCGAACUGGUAAAUACAGGCAAGGAGACGAGAAUAAAACCAACCCUCCUCCUCACCUGACGUGCGAUACUUUUCCAGACGCUGUUGAACACAUCCUUAAGAACCUACUAUAACAUCGCUUGGCGUAAGGCAGUUGGUUGAUGAGUGGAACCUUGUCAUCAUGUACAUAACUAUAUAGCUAUUCAUCUGUUCACCAUCUUUAGUUAUAAUGGUGCAUAAAUAAAAAAGUU